AUCAGGCAGACUGUACCUACUCGUUACCCCCUGGCGUGGAUCAUUGUUAUCAGCUGAGGUUCUCCGGCCUGACCUUCGGCCCCGAUCACCCCAGUGUAUCGAUAGCGGCGUCUAUAUAACACUAAUAUCACGUUACCACACUCUCGCUUCCCACUCUUUGAUCGAAGCUCUGACAGUCAUCACGUCUACGUUCUUCGUUAACUUCUUUGUGCCUUUAACUGCGUUCUAAUGGCUAAAUUCGUGAACUGCAGUGAUUUUUUAUCUCCCUAUUAACUCGUGUUUUGUUAUCUGAACGUUCUCGCGAAGGACUUGAGUCGUUUUAAAAUUAAUUUUGGUAGUUUACAUGUAUCUAUAUUUCGAGAUUCUACUUCAAAAAAUGACCAUUGCUUUGAUGUAUCGCGUCAACCCCAUAUAUUACUCGGAUUACUCAGAUACGAUUUAGGCUCGUUUCUGAAGAUAUUAUUGAGGAAAUACGUCUUUUGCCAUUGGCUGUAUCAUUUCGAGUACUACAAAUUUGGUGUGUUUCCGAAAGAUAUCACUUGACGAGAACGUUCUGCCUUCUUUGGAAAGGAAUCCAACAAAAUGGAUAUUGUGGCUAAUUACCAUCCAGUGUUGAAAGCAUUCCUGGCUGGCUCAUUUUCCGGGACAUUCAGUACAAUAUUGUUUCAGCCGUUAGAUCUUGUGAAGACAAGACUUCAGAAUCCAAGCCAAAAUGUUGUUGCGGCGACAGUCGACGGCAGAAUUCAACCCGGCAUGAUGACCACGUUUGUGAACAUAAUACGACAGGAGCAGAUUGUGGGCUUGUGGCGAGGCAUGGUGCCUUCCAUAGCCCGCUGUGUUCCCGGCGUUGGGCUCUAUUUCUCUUCUCUUCACUGGCUGAAGACCAAGCUCGGCAAGAAUCGGCAGGACUUGACCGCGAUUGAGGCAGUCACGCUGGGUGUGGUCGCCCGAACGAUGAGCGGCGUGGCUCUGAUACCGAUAACAGUUAUCAAGACAAGAUAUGAAUCAGGGGUUUACAAAUACAAUAGUUUAUCUGGCGCUCUGAAGGCUAUUUAUAAGGCGGAAGGUAUUCGUGGAUUGGCAUGCGGCCUGGGACCUACACUAGCAAGAGACGCUCCAUUCUCCGGCCUCUAUCUGAUGUUCUACACGCAGACAAAACAAUCUGUGCCUAAAGAAUGGCUUCAGUCUCCGACUGCAGCGAGCGGUAUCCACUUUAUGUGCGGCGUGGCUGCUGGUAUCGCAGCCUCGCUGGUCACCAACCCUGCUGAUGUGCUAAAAACGAAGAUGCAAUUGUACCCCGAAAAGUUUCCAAAUGCUAUGAGCGCGGCAAUCUAUGUACAUCAAAAUUAUGGCGUCCGAGGGUAUUUCAAAGGUGCUGUUCCAAGAAUGCUCCGAAGGACACUUAUGGCAGCGAUGGCGUGGACCGUAUUUGAAGAAAUAACUCGAUCAAUAGGCUUAAAAUAAAACUAGUAUUCGCGGACGAAAUAUUUUCUACUUUUUUGUUUUAACAGAGCUAAAAUGUUACUUUUUGUAGAUUUUAGUUUGACGUUUUUUAUCUUUGUAUAACCUUGUUUAUUGCAAAUAUUUUGUUAACCAGUAGAUUCGAAUUGGAAAGCGUUGUUAUUAUGUAGGGAAAAAUGUGAUAUUGUGAUUAAAAGAAAUAUUUUUAAAUUUUUAUAA